ACGGGACGCGUCCCCUUUCCUCAGAGGGCGGGGCUCCCUGGCCAAUCGGGAGCGAGGCGACGGCGGCCCGGAAAGGACAAGCUUGGGCCGCGGGGCACCUUCGCUUUUUUUCCACAGCCGGCCAUGGCCGCGGCGGGGCUUUGCUGCUGCUGCUCCCGGCGCUUUCUGGCGAGGGUGGCCGCCGCCCGCUGGGGCUUGACGAGGGCGAUGAGCGAGCAGCAGAGCGCCCCGCCCAGCCCAGAUGCCAAGUCCAGGAAAACAAGCCAAAUCCCCAAAAUAUACACGAAAACAGGAGACAAAGGAUUUUCCAGCACGUUCACUGGGGAAAGGAGAGCCAAAGAUGACCAGAUCUUUGAUGCCUUGGGGACGCUCGAUGAACUGAGCUCAGCCAUAGGGUUAAGUGCUGAAUUUGGCAGCGAAGGAGGCCACUCAUUUGUGCAAGAACUUUACAAGGUCCAAUGUAUGCUGCAAGAUGCUGGCUCCAACGUGGCCACUCCCAUCUCCUCAGCCAGGGAGUCUCAUUUAAAACGAACAUCCUUUAGCGAAAACCCCACUCUGGAGCUGGAGACAUGGAUCGACAGAUACUCGGAACAGCUGCCGCCCCUCACAGCUUUCAUUUUACCUUCUGGUGGCAAAAGCAGCAGUGCGCUCCAUCUCUCCAGAGCUGUCUGCCGCCGAGCGGAGAGGCGUGUGGUUCCUUUGGUGAAAACAGGAGAAGCAGAUGCAAAUGUGGCCAAGUAUUUGAACAGACUAAGCGACUACCUGUUUGUUUUGGCACGCUAUGCUGCAAUGAAGGAAGGGAAGAAAGAGCAAAUCUACACAAGAACGGAGGUGUGAGGAAACGCCCUGCGAUGCAAGAUGUGAGGUGCAAAGAGAUCUGAAAAUUCUGCUGCCAUUAAGAGACAGGAGGCAUCAGGAAGCAUACUGAAUUAGGCACCGACGUAUAAAUCAGCUGCCAGAGGACCUCUGCCGUCUCUUCUUCUUUCAGCAAGACUUCAAAUUUUCACUUCCCUUUCAGUGACUGCAUGCCUCUUCCGCUGUUAAAAUGUCCAGGGAGACCCGCUCUCUGGCUGGGAAGUCUCUGUUGCCAGCUGCUGUGAACUUCUUUAAAAUAGAUGCCAAUUUUUUUAAAAAAUGAAGGAGGAAAAAACACUAUAUAUUGAACCAAUCUGUCAAGUUUAUUCCUUGUAUUCCUGAAUUUUCGGCAUGGAGAAUGUGCCGUUAAAUGCUAAAUACAGGCAGGCGAAAAUCAAAUAAUGUAUUAAUCUUCUAUGGCAAUUUCCCUCUCCCUAUCUUGUGAGAGACACAUACAAGGCAUUUGGGGAUGGCAACUGCUUAUGUCGCUCCUUAUUUAGGGAAAGCCACACAGAGCUCAGCUACGUAAGAGAGCAUGGCCUUUGAGUGCCAGAACAGCCCAGCAGCUUCUAUCUAUUUUAGUACACAACCACAAUUUGCACAUCUGCUCUGAAAAUGUGUCCGCAAGGGAGGCAGUUCAUCAGAUGGCCAGAGACCACUGGGAAGGGGGCUGUUUACUCUCAUUUCCCCACCCCACCCCCAAACUUCUACCCUGCUGAAGUUCUACUGGGGAGAUUGCCCCAUGCCCCCAGAUCAUCUCACUAGCUGGUGCCCUCCAGCAGCUUUCAACUAUGACUUCCUUUGGCCCCAGCCAGUGCAGUACUGGGCUGUUAGGGAGUUGUGGUGCGAACAUCUGGAAGGCAGCAAAGGGUGCUCUAGCCUAGCCUAGCUAGCUACUUCAUGCAAUAGUCAAAUUCCUAACAAGAACUGUUCAAUAUCUAGACUUUAAAACAGGGAGACACGUUUAAAGUAAAAUCAACGAAAGGGUGGGGAGCGGAGUUUGGUUUUCAGUUAACAGUUUGAUGCUUGAGUGUGCCUUUACACCUAGCCCUUAACUGUUUUUUAAAAACUGUUUUACAUGUCAAAGUUACAGCUUAGCAGCGGUAAAAGGUAAAGGUGUCCCCGCACUUAUAGUGUGAGUCGUUUCCGACUCUUAGGGUGACGUCUUGCGACGUUUACUAGGCAGACCGUAUAUAUGGGGUGGGAUUGCCAGUUCCGUCCCUGGCCUUUCUUUACCCCCCAGCAUAGGCCGGGUACUCAUUUUACUGACCACAGAUGGAUGGAAGGCUGAAUGGACCUCGACCCCUUUUACCGGAGAUUCGACUUCCUCCUUUCGUUGGAAUCGAACUCCGGCAGUGAGCAGAGCUUUGGCUGCGUUACCGCCACUUACCACUCUGCGCCACUCAUCAAUUUUGGGAAGCAUUUAACGGCUUCUGCAAAAACAAAACCCGCAAAUCCAAUAUUCUUGGAAUAUUUUGCAUCUUGCUUAGUUUAUGGCGAAUCCCUUCCUUCACUCUUGUGCUUGCAAAAUUUGCACAUACAGGAAAUAUUUUCAGGUGUGAGAUCUGUGAUGCAAACUCCUCGAUAUGCAGAGUCACAUGAGAACUCUGCAGCCGCCUGGGGGUAAGAUCUGUGAACUUAAGCCUUCCAGCAUGGUCCAUUAUCUAGAUUUCUAGGAUAUCUUGAAAACUGUACCCUUGAAAAUAAACCAAAUUUUUUCUUGUGUGGCUGAACACAGUCAACUUUUAUGGAGGAAAGAUACC